UCUACCUAGCUAUAGCCGUUUUCAUAAAAAAAUAUUCCUCACCUUUCAAAGAACAUCUAUUUGCUCUGAUAAUAUACAAUGGGAGAAGCUAUAAUGGCCCCCUUUAAACAUCAUCUUCUUUCAUUCACAAUUAUCAUCAUUUCAUUUGUUGCUUGUUAUAGCACCUUGCAAGAUCAGGACCCACUGAUCAGUAGUAUAUAUGUUGAUGAUUCACCUAAUUACAUUGAUGAUGGUGGGAGUGGGACAUUCAAGAACCUGAUCAAGCAAAGCACAAAUGUUCUGAGCUUAAACAGGUUUGAAGAGUUGGGUGGCAUUUCAAGUUCGCUUGAAAUUGUUAAUGUCAAUGAUUAUGGAGCUAAAGGGAAUGGUCUAACUGAUGACACAGAGGCAUUCAAUAAGGCUUGGCAAGUAGCAUGUUCUUCUGAGGAAGCAGUUCUUGUGGUGCCUCAGAAGAAUUAUCUACUCAAACCAAUAAGAUUCUCUGGUCCUUGCAAAUCUAACACCAUAGUUCAGAUUUCUGGAACUCUUGAAGCGUCAGAUGAUCCCUCAGAUUACAGUGAAGAUAAAAAACAUUGGCUUGUAUUUGACAGUGUUCAGAAAUUAUUAGUUAAUGGUGGUGGAACUAUCAAUGGAAAGGGCAACAUAUGGUGGCAAAAUUCAUGCAAAAGAAACAAAAAGAAACCUUGCAAGGAUGCCCCAACUGCUCUAACUUUUUAUAAUUGCAAGGACUUAAUAGUUGAGAAUAUGACCAUAGAAAAUGCCCAACAAAUCCAUGUCUCAUUCCAGGACUCCAUGAAUGUUAAAGUUUCUGGUCUCCUUGUGACAGCACCAGGGGAUAGCCCUAAUACUGAUGGGAUUCAUGUCACAAAUACCCAAAACAUCAAAAUCUCAAGCUCUGUUAUAGGAACUGGUGAUGAUUGUAUAUCAAUAGUACAUGGAUCCAAGAAUGUAGAAGCCACAGACAUAACUUGUGGACCUGGCCAUGGUAUCAGUAUUGGAAGCUUAGGGGCUGGAAAAUCAAAGGAAUUUGUUUCAGGAGUCAUAGUAGAUGGAGCUAAGCUUUCUGGAACUACAAAUGGAGUUAGAAUUAAGACAUGGCAGGGAGGUUCAGGAAUGGCUAGCAACAUCCAAUUUAAGAACAUUCAAAUGGAUAAUGUGACCAACCCCAUAAUAAUUGACCAGAAUUACUGUGACAAAAAGAAGAAGCCAUGCAAGAAACAGUUGCAGAAAUCGGCUAUCCAGAUUAGGAAUGUAUUGUAUCAGAACAUAGUAGGCACAAGUGCUUCGGAUUUAGCUGUGAAGUUUGAUUGCAGCGAGGAGUUUCCAUGUCAGGAGAUAGUAAUGCAGAACAUAGACCUGAAAGGUGAAGGAGGAGAAACCUCUGAGGCUUUAUGCAACAAUGUUAAAUUGUCUUACUUAGGACACGUUAACCCUCGCUGUAACUCUAAUUAGAACCAUACAAUUAAUACAUCAUUCAUUGAUCAAUGUGUAUUAUUAAUUACCAAUAGGACAUUGACUGGUUGUGAAUUAAUAAUGUGAU